UUAAUAGGACAAGUAGCAAUUUCUUCUUGCAGCGUAAGAUGAUCUCACCGAGCUUCUUGGAGACGAAGAAAGUGUGCCUUCUUCUCUACAAACUGUGCCCAUAAAUUCGAAGGAGCAGAGCAGGCAAACACAAGAUCCAAGAAACGGUAGAGAAAAUGGAGAGCAGCAGCAGCAGCAAGAAGAAGAAGAAGCAUUUCGUCCUCGUCCAUGGCCUCUGCCACGGCGCGUGGUGCUGGUACAGGGUGGCCGCCGCGCUCCGCUCCGAGGGGCACCGCUUGACGGCGCUCGACCUCGCCGCGGCGGGCGUCCACCCGGCGCGCGUCGACGAGGUGGGGUCCUUCGAGGAGUACUCGCGCCCGCUGCUCGACGCGGUGGCCGCCGCCGCGCCGGAGGGGGAGGAGAGGCUCGUCCUCGUCGGGCACAGCCACGGCGGCCUCAGCCUCGCGCUCGCCAUGGAGAGGUUCCCGGAGAAGAUCGCCGCCGCCGUGUUCGACGCCGCCGCCAUGCCGUGCGUCGGCAAGCCCAUGGGCGUCACGACUGAGGAGUUCAUGAGAAGAACCGCACCAGAAGGGCUGCUUAUGGAUUGCGAAAUGGUGGCCAUCAACAACAGACAGGGUGCAGGAGUUGCAAUCAAUAUGGGACCCAACUUCUUGGCACACAAAUAUUACCAGCAAAGUCCAGCUGAGGAUCUGGCACUGGCGAAGAUGCUGGUGAGACCUGGCAACCAGUUCAUGGAUGAUCCGGUGAUGAAAGACGCCGGCCUGCUGACCAACGGCAACUACGGGUCGGUGAAGAAGGUAUACGUGGUCGCCAUGGCCGACGGCUCCAGCACCGAGGAGAUGCAGCGGUGGAUGGUGGACAUGAGCCCCGGCACAGAUGUCGAGGAGAUCGCCGGAGCUGACCACGCCGUCAUGAGCUCCAAGCCAAGGGAGCUUUGCGACGUUCUGAACAAGAUAGCCAACAAAUAUGAGUAGAAAAAAGAAAAUGUUAGUUAAGCUUGCUAAUACAAGUUUGUCAUUGCUUCCUUUGAUGGGUGUAUUAUGCAGGAACAUCUACCAUACGAAAAAAUAGUACGGUGGUACACGCAUAUUACGC